UCCUCCCGACCCGAAAGAAAGAGCAAACACUUCCAGCUCCUCGCGUCCGAGUCCGCUCGCAGCCCAAGCCCCUUUCGUCCUUUGCUCUGACAACGACCUCACUUUUCCUGUGAAGUCUCCAGAGGGCGUCAACCUGCGUCCAGAUGUGUCCGGCUGCUGCAUCCUCCCUGCAUUUCCGUUCUUAAUGUCGCUCCUUUAAUGCCUAGUUUUCUUCGUCCCCCGAGGUUUUUGUAAACCGGUUUUUUUUUCUGCCUCUGCAGCAAGGGCCCUUGACAAUUUUGCCCAAACGCGUCGCGACUAGUCGAGCGCAAUUUUCCCUUCGUUCUGGCUCCUGCACCUGUUCGAUCCCAUUAAGGACGAUCUGGUAAAGUUGGGAACGACGCGUUUAUUAGAGAUUUCAGUUGCAGGCGAUUCCAACCUCGUCUGCGCUGGAUCUCGUGGUGACAGCUGUAAAAACGUCGUCGCCAAAGUCGUCACCUCCUGGUGCUGCUGCACAGGACGGCCGAGACAAUCGGUCUUCCGUCCCUUCGUCCCCGAGGUCGCCCGCCGUGUCCCUCACAUCGACUGCAGACGGUGACUACGACGGCUCUUCGCCUAUCGUCCCCCCGCUCCAAGCGCCACGACUCCCAGGCCGAGCGCAGGAAUUCUUGCGCACGCCCCCGAGCAGCAAGAGCGGCGAGAAGAAAUACGUGACCGCAAGUUGGGGCUCGCCAUACCCUCAAUCUGACAGGUCCAACAGCGGCAACGACAGCCUAGACAGCGCGCCGUCGUCGGAUUCCUCGCCAGUCCAUUUGUUGGCCAUAGAAACGCCCUUUCUCCGGCCCCCGCCAUACUUCCAGGACCCGAGCGCCGAGUCACAGCCACCGCAAUCAGGCUUCGUGAGCGCCGCGGUUCUUGCAAACCGUGCCCGCAGGCCAGCCCGCGGCCUCACCGAGGACUGGAUUCGCCAGCACACCGCGGGCGACGGAGGUGCUGAGGCCAGGCACUGGCUCAGCGACGGUACCGGAGAUAGCGAGACCUCUUCACUGAGCGGAUCUUUCUCCGGUGACGAGGCUGCUUGGCUUGACGAAACCGACCUUAAAACCCCCAGGGCUACACGGCCACCCAACUACUUUCGCCGGGGCCCCCAGAAGUACCCUCGCACACGUUCGAGCACAGAGACGCUCAAGCAGGAGCAUAUCCGAAAUUCGUCGCCAGCAGAUUCACCAAUCAUGCCGUCACAACUCGAUAACGUCGCCCUGGAUUGGGCAAGCGAGAACGUCUCUGACUCCACUCUUCCAGCCCCUACUACCCCCAAGGGGUCUGCCUCGGGGCGCACUAAUGGUUCCAUCAACGGGCCUCGGGUGGGCUUCAACCUACCGAAUCUGCCACACACACCUUCGAAGUCGAUAAGUAAAAUGUCACAGAUGACCCCUAGACUCAAGAAAAAAGUGCCAUGGAAGGGCAAAAACAUCUUGAUCCUUCUCCCUCGUGAUGACGACCGUGGAAAGGCUGGCCAGGCACCGAUGCCGCUUACACAAGACGAGGCCUCUGGCAUCGUGCAUGAUUGGGAGAAGUCGGGAUACAACACCAAGCCUUUCGAGCUCGAGCCGACGAACCAGUUCGCUGAGGCUGGUAACUACUCCCAGAGCCGACGCGAGUGGCCAACGUGGGAUGACAUCGCGAGCGAGAGGCAAACGCGGUCCUACAAAGUGACCCUGCCUGACCUGAAUGCAUGGAAGUCUUAUGUGCAAGAACUGCAGGAGGCAAAGCUCCGUGCACUUGGUGUCACACUGGGAGGUGAUGAGGCCCCCCCGCCAUCCGUCUCCCCGCUGAGCCGUCAGCCUUCGGUUACACACUAUCCUCCGCUGCCGUUUUCGCCGCCGCUCGGGACGCCCUCUGCCGCGAGCAAUGGCCAGUUUCCCUUCCCCGCUCAGUUUGUGUCUUCAGGUAACCAGAGCCCGAACAUCUCGGGCGUCGCGUCUCCCGUCUCUUUCAAUGGGAAGUUCAACCCGCGCCAGUCGAUUUCUAUCCCGGCUGGCGCCUUCCAGAUGUCCCAGGGAUUGCCUAGCCCUCAUGCCUUCUCGCCACAGGCUAUGAUGUUCCACCACGGCCACGCGCGUGGUGGUUCUCCCUCUCUGGCCAAUCUCAGCUCCAUGAUGUCUCCAACGUCGCCUUUCCAGCCCGACGGCUUCCAACCACCAAUGCACCAGCGCCACCAGUCCCUGCAAUACCCAAUGCUCCAGCACCAGCACUUCCAAGGUGCACGCGCCUCUCCGCGCCUACAAGAGCUGCGGGAAGAUGAAGAAGAGGCCGAGGAUGUGGUUCCAUCCAAGACGCCUGAGCCUGGUGUGAUUGGGCACAACGCGAGCAACAGUCUGCAGCGGGAGAUUGACGCUGCCGAGUAUCAGCUCGAAGCAAAUGACGCCGAGUACCACCUCGAAGAGCAGAUGCGCUCGCAGCUCGAGCACGACAAGGAUUACAGCCCCCACGCCGACAAGGAGGACGUCGUGGCAGCUGUCCAUGCCCGAGAGCCAUCUGUGCAGUUUGUGCCGCAAGUGGAGCGCUUCCGGGAUGAUUCGAAGGACGGCAGUAUUUUGCACCAUCCCCAGCCCCACAGCAGAGGCCACUCGCUGUCCCAGAAGUACUUCCACGAGCCAGAGGAACACAGCACGGACGAGAGCGCUCUCAACGGACCGAACCAGCACAAGGAAGUUCUCGAGAACGGUGUCGAUACCGGGGUCAACGGUAACAGCAAGGGCACCCAACCACACCAGCGCGGGUUCUCAAACACCAGCAACCCUUGGAGUGAGGCGGGGUCUGAUGCAUCGCGGAGGCCCGGCCACAAGAGCAAGGCUUCGCUCUCCGGUCUCAAUGUCGAGGCUCCCGAGUUCAAGUUCAACCCGUCCAACAGCUUCAAGCCGACUCAGUUCAACCCAACAAACAUAUUCAAGCCUGCUCAAUUCAACUUCCCCAGCGACACAUUUCAACCCACCGCUGUCUUCCAAGCCGGGACAAACGCUCCCCCCAAGCCACCCUUGUCGGCCCAGUCUAGCCAGUUCAGCUUUGGCUCGUCCAAGAUCAAUGCCAACGCUCCUGUAUUUUCACCAGGCCACGGCGACUUCAACUUCUUGGCGUCUGGCCCCAAGUUUAGGCCAGAUGCCCCAGCUUUCAAGCCCCAACACUCACUCGCCAAUUCGGUUUCUAGUCAGCCGUUGUCUGGUAACGAGAGUAUCGGUGGCGAUCGUUCUGGCUCCAUCUUCGGCAAAAUUGACGUGGAUAUUGCCGACACCGAGAGCAAGAAGUCCAAGGCUGUCUCACCUGUCCCUCCGUCGGGUGAGGCUCCGCAAAAGGAAGAGCCUGAGACACAGUACGAUCAAGAGGGCCGCGUCAUUGACGAGAGUCGAGUCAAGCGAGCUAAGGCCGCCUCCGACGAUGCUGAUGAUGUUCCGCUGUUUGCCGAACCGACGGCGCCCUCGCCCGUCACAGAAACACAGCCAGAGGAGCACCCGCAAACCGACCACAUCCAUGUCGACGUCAAGUCGGGAGACGAGAAUGGUGGCGACACCGCUUUGUCAUCGACCGUCGUUUCCGAGUCGGCGGAUGUGAAGGCGACGACCAGCCCCUCAGAGAUUUCUAUGCCACAGAGUACCAUCAACUGGACCCCGUUCGAGUUCAAGUCGCAGCUCGACAUGCGGAGCUUCAAUGCCUCGCGGCCGUUCGGCGAAGACACCUUUGUCAAGGGACACAAGAAGUCCCUGUCGGCAGCUGCUAAGCCAUUCGUUCCUGGCGGUCUUUCGUUCGAGGCCGAGCCUGCCGCGGCCGAGCCCGAAUACGACUCCAUGGAUGACGAGCAAGAGUUCUCGGAUGCACGUGAGGACGAGGCCGAGGCGUCUGACGCAGAUGAGACUCGGGAGCUCGAGGCUCCUGCUUUGUCGGAGCCGCCGACUCCUACUGAUCUUAAUCUCACCGCAACACCUGCCGACUCGACCCCGUCGCCCCAGCCUGUGCAGAAAAGAGGCCUUGGGUCUUCUCGCUUCGCAGCCUCUCCAUCUCCCCAGUCUGCUUCGCCGCCACCGCAGCGCAAGGUAUCAGGACUGGCUGCUUCCCGUUACGCCGUCUCACCUCCCGAGCUCUCCGAGGAGGAUAGGACAGCUGAAGAUGCCCGCGAACUCAGCGAAGACGAACAGCCGCUGCUUGAUGAUGCGCAUGCAUCAUUCGACGAGAACCUUCCGGUUUCGACAACAGAGGCUACUGUCGAAGAGAUUGAUGAUAUCCUGCACCAGCUCGAGCAGGAUCCAUCUGGUGGCGUCAACAGGACCGUCGACACGCCCCAGUGGCAUCAUCCUAGCCCUAAACGCCAAUUCUCCCUUGCUGCGGUCACAAACUCCUCGCCUCUGCAUCUUGCCGCUCCCCAUGAUGACUUCCGGAGUGAGGCGCCGAGCCCGAGCCCGGGUCGUUUUGACGGCCAUCAACAGCCUCUCAGAUCUACCGAGCUCGACGACCCGUUCAUCGACCCGCCCGCAGAGGAGCAGCAGUUCUCCGAGAGCAACGUGCAUCACCUCCAGGGCAGCGAGACUGUUCCCGACAGCGACUGGGAUGGUGCAUUUACCGAAGAGGAGCAAGCCAAGCUCGAGUCCAGAAUCAACUUUUUCAACGGCCAUGUCAACGAGGUGGUCGGUGAUCUUCUCGCCAGGCGCCUUCAGCCAAUGGAGAGGACCCUGCAAAGCAUUCAGCAGGCCCUGGCCGGUAGCUCGAAGCGACCAAAUUCCAGUCGUCUGGACAGGCGCAGCGCGUCAGCAGAUAUUCAACACAGCGAUGCCGACGACGAGGACGAUGACAUGCCUGCUGCCCGCCGCUCCAUGAGCCCUCGCAGAGACAGGCGUAUGGAUCAGAUCCGCGCAGCUGUCAUGGAGGCUCUGGCCGCCCAGCAGCACAGCGUGUCUGAAACCACUCCCGCCCCGCAGCGCCCCGAACCUACCGAGGGUAUGGUCAAGAUCAUGCAUGCUGUUGAUGAGAUGAGGGAGCAGUUCAGCAAGUCGCUACAUCUUGACUUCCGAGGCGAGGACCUGAGGAACAUCGUCGAGGAUGCUGUCGAGCGUCGCAUGAUCCCAACGCCGCAACCUGUGAUUGUUAAGGGCCAAGAGGAGCUCAGCGAGAAGCUCAACGAGCUGCAAGCCAAGGCUGCUGAGCUGGAGCAUCGUCUCCGUCUUGAGGAGAGCAAGGUUGAGAAGGAAGUCGCUGCCCGUCGGGCCGCUGAAGACCAUUCCGCAGAACUCGACCGACAGUUGCAGAUGGCAGAGACCAAGAUCGAAAUGGAACUUACCAGCAGGAGCGUCUUUAACCAUCGCGUUACCGACCUCGACAACAGGCUCAAGCAGCACGAAGCCAAGACCGAAGAGGAGAUCGAGAACAGGAGGAAGGCUGAAGACAGGCUGUCUGAGGUCCAGCGACUGUUGCGCAUCUCGUCCGAGGAGGAGACCAGGCUGCGUGAGGCGCUUGAGGAGAGGGAACAGAAGCUUAACGGGCUUGAGGAGACGCGUGGCAAGACUAGCAUGAAGCUUGCUCUGUUGGAAGCCUCGCAGACCAACAACCAGAAGUCGCACCUCGAGUUCCAGAACCGCAUUGGCAGCCUCGAGACGGAGCUUCGGGAUGCCAGGCAGGAGGUGCGCACAUGGAAGACUGAGGCUGAGCGUGUGAACAGCAUCGCCCGCCAGCAAGGCGGCGAGCUGACUCAGCUCACCGACCAGAACAAGCAGCUGAAGAAGAUCGUCGACUCUCUCGGCACCCAAGUUGAGGAGAACGAGCGUAUCCGCGACAGCUGGCGUGCCAGGUUCGUCACUCUUCAGGACGAAGUAGCCAAGGCUGCCGGCCAGAUCACCGAGGAGAGCGCUCGGCGUGCCAAGAGGGAGCAGGAGCUCCUCGCCCGCCAGGAGGUCCUGGAUGCCAAACUCCAAGCCGAGGCUAGAACCCGUGAACGCCUGGAGGGCGAGCUGGAGAGGCUUGAGCUGGGCGAACGUCAAGGCAUGAGGGCGGUGAGUGAGUGCAAGCGGCUCGAGGGUUUGCUUGCCGCUCUCCGGACCGAGAACCACCAGCUCCAGCAGACGUCACUUCGUUACCAGGCCGAGUUCCAGGAGGCCCGGGAGUCUGCCGCCCGCGAGGUCCAGCGCACGCACGACUCGAUGCAAUCCGAGGUUGACGAUGCCAACCACCAGGUCAACGUGGUGCGCGAAGAACUCGAAGAUCAAAUCCAGAGGGCCCGAGCCCAGCUCGACCAGGUCAAACUGGAUGCCGACACGGCCAAGGCCAAGGAUGAGAUGCUUCUAGAGGAGUCCCAGAGCACCCUUAAGACGCAACUUGAGGCUCUGGCGCGCAAGCACCAGAACGAGAUGGAAGAUCUGCAGGCUCGCCACGACCGCGCACUUAACAACACGACGGAGGAUGCUCAGCGUGCUGAGCAGAACCUGCUUGAGCGACUCGGUAUUUCGACGUCUAAGUCCAAGAACCUGCAGGAGCGUGUGGAGCAUCUUGAGGAGAAACUCGAGAUCGCCAAGGAGGCCGCUCGGGCUGCUGCCAAGGCGGCCAAGAUCCCGCCUCAUCAGCUGGCGGCACUUGCCGAGCCCAGCCUGCAGCUGGCGAUGCCAUUCAAGGCUGCUGCUCCCGUCCCGCGCUCCCUCGACCUCCCCGGGAAGAUCUCGCCACAGGCGCUCCGGGAGUCGAUCAUGGUGCUUCAGGAGCAGCUGCAGGCCCGCGAGCAGCGGAUCGAGGAACUCGAGCAAGUCGUGUCCAAGGUUGACCCCCAGGCCGACAGCAAGAUGUCCAAGCGCGAUGAAGAGAUCACAUGGCUUCGCGAGCUCCUCGCCGUUCGCCACUCUGACCUGCAAGACAUCAUCGCGGCUCUGGACAGUGAAGAGUACGAUCCUAUUGCUGUCAAGGACGGGGCCAUCCGCCUCAAGGCCAACCUGCAAAUGGAGGAACAAGAGCGGGAGAGGGCGAUGAACGGGGGCUCGGCCAUCAACCUGCCCAACAUUGCCGCCAGCCUCCGAGACGCGGCCACGCCCAGGGUUGCGCAGGCGGUCGGUCCUCUCGCCGCGGCGUGGGGCAACUGGCGCAAGUCGCGGGACCCUACAGGCCUCGUGACGGCCCCGGCUCGCGGGCGCAGCGCCACGCCCGCUAAGAACGGCGCGACCACCCAGAGCGGCUUUCUUUCCGGACUCUUGACGCCGCCGGCGUCGGGCAUGCGCCAGACCCCCCAGCACGCAGUGGCGCAGCAGCCGACGGCCUUCUCGAACACGGGCCGGAGACUGACUGCCCAGCAGCUCGCUAACCGCGGCCGCACGGCAUCCUCGUCAUCUUCGGUGUCCACCGUCGCAGCGAGACAGGUGAGCGGAAGCAUCAGCGAGAUGGGCGCCGGGCUUAGCACUCCGCAACGGCACGCCAGCCGCGGCCCACCGAUGACGCCGCCAAUGAUGCGGAAGAGCUCAUACGACUCUGAUGCGCACGCUGAGGAGUUUGACGAUGCCGGGUUCUACGAGGACGAGUAAACGACUCUCGAAAGAACCAGGAUCAACCGUCGUACCCAUAACACGAUAUUUCAUUUGUCAAAUGCCUAUUCUCUCAACCGACCUGGCUGCGGAAUGGGGAGCCAGUGAUAUGUUUGGAAGUCGGCGGUGGAGGCUUUGGCGCCACGGACUUGUAUCAUGACCCAACGAAAAGAGCUGGACUAGACUGAUACCCUUGUUUUUGCUUUCGCGGCACCUCGUCCUAUCUGGUUGCCUUCAGUCCUAUGCGUUUUCUUGUUUUGCAUUUCCUAUCUGGGGCUUUACGAACCCACGACUUACACCCUGAUCCCCGAGAUUGAUCUAAUACCACUCACAUCCUAAUCCUAGCACUAUGUUGCCCAUCAUUCAAUCCUUGAAACUCUGAUCGUUUUCCCCUUUUUUUCACAUGUCGUGUCGUUAUGGAGUCUCAUCUCCCUUCUCAAGUUCAUAUUGGUUGCGUCGUAUGAUGGGAGGUCUUUGUUGGAGGUUGGCCACAUUCGCUUCUACGUAUAAUACCGAAUACACUUACGUUCAAACACUCCUACGAUGAUAUUUGUGCUUGUGCGAGAAGAUAUUCAGGCCUUUCCUCGGGCCCUUUCUCAUUCACCCG